AUGGUAAAACGGUUAGUCACUCACUAUAUAAUCAUUGAAACAUUUUCUUCUCUUUUUUCCACUUUAGAAACAUUGACAACUCCUCCUUCAACAUCCCUGAUAACAGAUUCAACUACACGUAAUACAACAGCACCAUCAACAACAGCUUCAACUACACCUAAAACAACAUCACCAUCAGGAGUUCUUUUGACCAUUGGUGUAAGAUUUAAUUCUGCUCAGAAUCUUACGGAUCAAGACCUAUUGCAGGUGUAUAAAAUGAUAACAGAAAAACUGGGAAUAAUCUUACAACAAAAUAAUGGAAUAAACAUCUGAUAAGAAUCUCCAUUUUGUUUUCACCUCUUAUUUUGCAUUUCAAACUACAUCAGAUCUUGUGAAGAUAGCUACAUUGUUGUGUAAUUUCACUUAAUAUUAAAUGAACUUACGGGCUUAUUUUGCUUGACAUCUGCUACACACUAUUUUUAUCGUUGUUGAUUUAGUCAUAAUAAUAAUAAUUUGAUAUAAUUUGCAUUUGAUAUAGCGUCUUAUCACAUCUUUGAGACAUUUUAAAGCACUUCACAGAAUAUACUGUAAAGUGUGUAAAAAAUUGACUGUAUAUUAAAUUGAAAUGUUACGAUAUUGUAUUCCUUGAUAUUUCCACUGAGCAGAUGGAUGAAGCUAUAUUAAUCAGUCACUCUUGUAAUCAUCUGGUGGUUCUGGCAUCUUACUCCAUAUUCUUCUAGAGCUAGAGUCUCUGGUGGUGGCUUGAUAUUAAUGUGCUUUGAAACAUACUGUUUGGAAGGUGAACAUUGUAUAGCCUACUUCGCAAAUGAGAAAAUAAAGGAUAAUUUGAAAACAUGAAUGUAAACAACUUUAAUUGUAAAUAAAUAAAUAAAUAAAUAAAUA